AAUAAAGUUGACUAACUUUGUUUGGAUAAAUAGAAAAUUCACUAACUUUUGAAGGAUAUAUGGAUACAAUUUUUCCUAAUUAAAAAUUACAUACAAGUGGACAAAGCAGUUCAGUACUUUUUUUCUCCCUACAUAAGCCUCUUGUGACAUGCUACAAUCCUUCCUAUAAUCCUCUCUCCUACCUCACAUCAACUUUGCUCAACACCCAAAUCAAUUUCAAGCUACCAAAUCUAGUUUUACAGGAGCAUCAUAUCUGGAUACUAUGGACCCUAUCAAUAUAGGGAAGUUUCAAGCCAUGAAGCGUAAUAGAAGGAGACAAGCCCUCCCAAGCCUCAUGAUCUCAUUUACGGUGACAGCAUUCCUUCUCGGCUUGUUCCUCUCAACCCUCAUCUGGCCUCCUCUGUGUUCCUCUAUCAAGCUCUUGCUGUUUGUCUCUCUCCCCAACAUGGCAGCACCGCUGUUGAAGCCGGAAUACCUCUUCAUCGUGUGCAACCUCAUUGUCGUCUUCCUCGUGGUGGAGUCGAAGCUCUUGGGGUCUUCUUCGCCACCAGAUAUCUAUGAAGAGUACAUGAACGGAAACACGAGCCUUCCACGGCGAUCGAGGAGCAAAGGCCACAGGGGAAGUUCUUUGGAGCAGGCUUUGGUUGAAGAAGAGGAAGAGAAAAGAGGCCGUGGAUGGGAGGAGACAGCGAUUAGAUGGGAAAACUGGGAUGAUGAAGAAGAAGAAAAGUGCUUACUUGAUGAGCUAAACAAGAGAUCAGAAGAUUUGAUUGCAAGGGUCACUGAGCAGUGGAGGUUUGAAGCAAGAAUGCUAUUUGGUCAUCAAUGAGAUAUAAUA